GUGACUGCGAAGAUUGCGCCGUCGAUGCUGUCGUCAGAUUUUGCGAAUCUGGCGUCGGAGGCGGAGCGGAUGAUCCGACUUGGUGCGGAUUGGCUUCAUAUGGACAUCAUGGAUGGGUAAGUUAUUUUGCUCAAGACAUACAACAGCAUGUCUCAAGCACUUUGUUCCCAAUCUAACUAUUGGAGCUCCAGUCAUUGAAAGUUUGCGAAAGCAUACAAAGGCAUAUUUGGACUGCCAUCUUAUGGUUACAAAUCCCAUAGACUAUGUGGAACCCUUGGCUAAAGCUGGUGCCUCGGGCUUUACGUUUCACCUUGAAGUUUCCAAAGAGAACUGGAAAGAAAUUAUCCAAGGAAUCAAGUUGAAAGGCAUGCGACCAGGUGUAGCUCUGAAACCUGGAACACCUAUUGAAGAAGUUUAUCCGUUGGUUGAAAGUGAAAAUCCUGUGGAGAUGGUUUUGUUAAUGACCGUUGAGCCUGGCUUUGGUGGUCAAAAAUUCAUGCCAGAAAUGAUGGACAAGGUGCGAGCAUUGAGGAAGAAAUUCCCUCACUUGGAUAUAGAGGUGGACGGUGGAUUGGGUCCUUCAACCAUUGAUGCGGCAGCCGCUGCAGGAGCAAACUGCAUUGUAGCUGGAAGCUCAGUCUUUGGUGCUGAAGAGCCAGCUCAAGUUAUUUCAGCUCUUCGGAAGAGCGUUGAGGGAGCUCAACAAAGCAAAUAGCUUGGUUUGCAAUUUAUCAAUGCAUAUAAUAGAAAAACCUUUAUUUUUUUAUAAAAAAAAUAAAAUAACAGUUGGUGUUUAACAGGUAAUAAUGUUAAGCAAUAUGCUAUUUUUGGCCGCUCUAUUUUUUCUUCUCUAUUAGAAACUGAGAAUGAUGGAAAUAACUUGUUACCCUAAAUUUUCCUAGUUAGUAAAAUUGGUUUGCUUAUCUUCUCA